AUGGAAAACCAUAAAAAUUUGCUGCUCAAACUCUCCAAGCUUUUUCCUUCUUCCCUAAUCUCUUGCCACUCUGACACUUUACCCGACGUUGCACACAGCCCCUCUCUCAUUCCAAUAAUCAAGAAAGCUCCCCACCCCUCUCCUCAUCCUCAAUCGCAAAAGGACCCCAACAUUGUCAAAAAUUGCUCCGAGGCCCCCAACAAACAUUUGAGACGCACGCGCCACUGUUCCGACGUGGAAGGACGAAAAUACCCCCAAAGGACCCUCAACAAAUCCCUCAGGAACCAGAGCUCGUCCUCCCACAGCGGCCGGUGGUUCACCAGCGGCGACGAGACCUCCUCCUCGUCCGGGAUGGAAUCCGAUCUGGCGGCGACCAGGCUUUACUACGAGAGCGGGCGGCGCCGGAGGAAUUGCCGGAGGAAUCGCCGGAGGUGCUCGUCGGGUAUUGCGGUGGAGAAGAGGUCGAGCGACCCUUACCGAGAUUUCAUGGCGUCGAUGGUGGAGAUGAUAAUCGAUCGGCAGAUGUUUAGGGCCGAGGAAUUGGACACCCUCUUGUUUUGCUUCUUGUCUUUGAACACCACCGUCCACAGCCGCCGGAGCCGCCGCCCACUGCUGCUGCAAGCCGCCGUAAAAGUUUGCCCGCAGUCGCGCACCGAUCGCCCCUGGUCGUGCCCAGGCGUGUCCCAGACCGCACAGCUCAUGCAAAGCCGUACCGCAGCCCCUAGAGCCCGGCAUACCUCACCCAGCAACGUGCGUCUGCGCUCCAGCCCGCUACCGCGCUCAGACAGCGUCCAGGAGCUCCGCGCGGAGAUCUCACGCGCUACCGUGCGCAAGCAGAGUAGAAGUGUCGCUUUACACGAGCCCGAAGUUCUUGGCACCUCCCGCGAGCACCCGCCUGCGUAUCCCAGCGUGCCAGUCAAUUGCACGCGCCCAAUGCAGCGACGCCGUUCGCCAGCCAGCAUGCCCAACAGCUCGCGUUCGCGCCAGACUCGAGCAAGCGCGCCACCACUCGGACCCAGCGACCAGCCUCGGCCCGAGCUCAGUCCAGCCCAAAUCAGACUCGACCCGGUUCAGACCGGCCUAGACCGGUUUAGCCUGGGAUCAAUUUUGCGGCUGGGCACGCUGGCUGGCGAACGGCGUCGCUGCACAGGGCGCGUGCAACUGACUUGCACGCUGGGACACGCAGGCGGGUGCGCGCGGGUGGUGCCAAGAACUUCGGGCGCGUGUACGAGCGGCACUCCUACUCCUGUGCGAACUGGUACGCAAGCGGAUGACGCGGGCGUGCAUGGCACGUCUCCUAGGCAGACUAGGACUAGGCAUGUGCAGCUAGGGCUGGGCGUCGACCGUCUGCGCAUGGUAGCGCAUGAUAUCUCCGUGCGGCGGAGCUCGCACGUUGCUGGGCGAGGUCUGCCGGGAUCUUGGGGCUACGGCACGGCUUUGCACGAGCUGUGCGGUCUGGGACACGGCUGGGCGUGGCCAGGGGAACGGCUGAGGGCAAACUCCGGCGGCGGCUUGCGGUGGCGGUGGGCGGCGGCUCCGGCGGCUGUGGACGGUGGCUAG